AUGGCGCACGCUACCAGCAUGGCCGCCACCGUGGCCGCCGCCGGCGCACGCUCCCGCGGCGCCUCUUCGCCGUCGAAUCCUCCGUUCGCCGCGCCGCGCCUCCGCGCCGCGUCCCGGCGCCGCGACGCGUCGCGCGCGCGGUCGUUCAUCGCCCCGCGAGGCCUCGGCUUCGAUCUCGGCGAGAACGACGACAAGCUCCGCCCGGACGUCGAGGCCGCGGCGCUCAUCGAAGACGCGGCGUCGCUUCUCUUCCUUCAAGACGCGAUGAUGGGCGACGCCGCGCAGGCGUACCUCGCGCUCCUCGCGCAGAUCUCCACGAAAGCGACGCCCGCGAAGGUGUUCCAAGCCUACGGCGCCUUCUUCCGAGCCGUCGCGACCGCGGACGCGGACUCCUUCUUAGACGUCGUCCUCGACGAGGUCAUCACCGCGCGGAGGAACCCGCUCGCGGAGCGAUGCGCCGCGCUCGGCGCGAGCGCGAACCCGACGCCCGUGGAGCUCGCGGCGGUGCGAAGCGACCUCGAGCUCCUCCAGAGGCUGUGCGUCUCCGAGACGACGAUCGCGCGGUGGAUCGAGACGGUCGCGUCGCAAGCCCUCGACGCCUUUCAACUCCAACUGACGCCUUUCAACUCCACCCCGACGGUCGCGUCGCAAGGUCCCGCGGGCGGCGGUGCGAGGAAACAACCGGACGGCUGGAUCGCCGCCGCGGGCGAGCUCGGCGCGCUCGGGCGCCCCGCGGUCGUGAACGAGGGCGGCGAGGGGAACUGCGUCGUGGGCGAGGACGAGGACGGGAUGCCCGCGAUCGACUGCCCGACGCCGACGAGGGGCGGAUCAGGGGCAGAUUCCGUGGCUGAGGAGGGCCGGGCCGCCGCGGAGCUCGAGGCGCGCGCGGCGGCGACGUGCGGGAAGCACACGUCGCGGCCGGCGAGCGCGGCGGAGCGCGCGAAGCUCAGGGACGCGAUCGCGCAGUCGUGGCGGUGGGCGGACGCGCUCCCGACGUUGAUGCGGCACUGGAGGGACGUCGGCGCCGGCGACGUCGGCGCGCGCGUCGCGUUGGCGCACGACGCCAAGGCGGGGCUUCACGAUCCGGACGCGGCGGCCGCGCGGGGGGGCGCGUUCGCGUCCGUCGCGAGCGACGCCGACGACGACGACGACGACGCGCCAGCGAUCGCGUCGCUGCGCGGCGACGCGUGGCGGUCGACGCCGAGGACGCCGCAGCACGCGGACGCGCGCGGCGAAGUCGUCGCGGCGUUGAAAAAGUUUGUCGAGAGCGACGCGGGCGCGGGCGCGGGCGGCGGCGCGGCGCACGUGCUCGUGCACGGCGCGCCGGGCGUCGGGAAGCGAUGGCUGCUGCGCUCCGCGAUCGCGUCGCAGGUUGAGGACGGACUGCGCGUCGUCGCCGUUCCGAGAGAGGGGAUCCGGACGCUGCCGCGGCUGUGCGCCGAGAUGCGAUCGCGCCCGCGGACGAAGUUCGCGGUGUUCCUCGAGAUGCCGCUCGCGCUGACGCCGUUCGCGGAGUUCCACAACGAGCUCACGUCCGUCUUGGACGGCGGCGGCGGGCCGAGCGGGUGGCCGGCGAACGCGGUGUUGUGCGCCACGGCGCUGAGCGCGAGCGGGUUGAAGCCGGGGUCGGACGAGGCGGGCGCGUCGCUGGAGACGCGGUUCCCGACGCGCGUCGCGCUCGAGUGA